AUGGUAAGAUGCUAUAAUUUUAUUUUCUUUUUUGUUGGAUGACAAUACUUGCAGAGAGCUGCGGUGACACUAGCGCUCUUCGUGAUUUCGGCCAAUGCCUUCCUCUUCCCAAGCGGUGGAGGUGGUGGCGGAGGCUGUGGAGGAGGAUGCGGGGGUGGAUGCGGUGGCGGUGGCGGCGGAGGAUGUUUGCCGACUCUUGGAUGCUCCGUCAUUUCGUUCAAUGUCCCAACUCUCAAAUUGCCACCUCCACCACCACCUCCAUGCCCAUGCGGAUGCGGUGGAAGGAAGAAGAGAGCAGCAAGCGAGGACUCGAAAUGUACCAAUCCCGAGCUCAGAAAGAUAAUCCUGAAUGUGACAGCUGCAAGUCAUAAUUAAAGAAAUAUUAUGAAUUCAGGGAGUCCGAACAACCACCAAGGAAUCUAGAGACAACAUUGUAGCUAGCCUUAAGGAGAAGUACGAGGGUGUCAGGUGAGUAAAACAUUUUCAGAUCUGUGUUACAAUUAGAAAGUUCAGAUACUUGGUUACCUGCAUCGAAGGAGAGCAUGACUUCUCCUCUUCUUCUUUCGAUUACUGUGCCGACGGAACUCAACAACAGACGUGCAUUGUCGCAAAAGCCACCGAUGAUAACUAG